AUGCCACGACGACCGCACAAAAAGUCUCGAAGUGGCUGUGUCGCCUGCAAAAGACGACACAUCAAGUGUGAUGAACAUCGCCCUCGAUGCGUCAAUUGCCAGACCGCCGAGCUGAGUUGCAACUUUGCUCCGGGCACAUCUCCUUCAACGACGACGGCCACAGAUACGGAAACGGUCAUUGCCAGUGCGUCUGAGACCUCCACCCCAGACCAGCGGCCCCAAGGGCCUGAUCAGCCCAACAUCAUACCCACAUUUACGCCUCCUGGAACAUUUGACCCGAAUCUCAACAUACAACAUCUGGAACUCCUGCACCAUUUCCUUAUUGCCACGUACAGAACAUUCAAUGCCGAAGGAACACUGCAGCGGAUAUGGAAAGAAAAGAUCGUCCGCAUGGCCUUCUCAUUUCCUUUCCUUAUGCACGAGCUUCUAGCCAUUUCGGCUCUACAUCUCGCACACUGCAAGCCUGACCACGCCACCGAGUACCACACCAUAUCGACGGAACUACAGACUCUGGCCCUCAACAAGUUCAACAGCGUGGAAACAGACAUCAACGCCUCCAAUUGUGCCGCCGUGCUGAUCUUUACAAUGCUUCUUGCUGUUCAUAUCCUCGCCGACCCCUCGCGCACGACGGGCCUCGAUUCCAACCAGUAUCUCGACCACGUGGUGAAUUGCGUCAUGCUUAUGCGCAAUGUCCCCAAGCUCAUCAUUCAAGACUGGUAUGAAUAUCUCCGGGAGACUGAGCUCAAACCAAUGUUCUCGGUCCAACAGCCCCCAACGCCUUACCAGAUCCCUCAGCCGUGCCUCGAUCUGUCCAAGUUGAUCACCAAUCCGGACCUGGGGGAACAAGCCAGGGACGCCUACGAACCGGCGAUCGAGAGAUUGCAUUGGGUGUUUGCGAUCUCGAACGUGCCGGAUCAAAGACACACAACCAUCCGCUGGCUACUGGCUUGGCCCGUGCAGCUCAAAGCGCCAUACCUUGAAAGGCUCAAUCAGCGGAGACCUGAAGCUUUGAUCAUCCUGGCAUACUUCGCAGCCUUGAUGACGUUUUACAGAGAAUGUUGGGCCGUAGGGGAAUCUGGUCAUCUUUUGAUUCAAGCGAUAUCUUCCCAUCUCGGUCCUCACUGGUCGGAAUGGAUGGAGUGGCCCAUGAUAUUGGCCACAGGGCAGCAAUGA